CGGCAUACAAGCCAAUCGUAUUCGUUUUCAACACCAACCGGUUAUAGCUGCACCUCUUUAGCACACUAUGUUACAGGUCUCAUGUUGAUCAGGUUCAGCUCGCAGGUCCAUUGACAAAGGUAGGACAACUACAUAUAGAAGAAGCUGCUCCCAUAUACUAGUAUUGUCGCAACGCAAUACGAGUCCAAAGCCCCCAAACCCGUCGCCUGCUCAUCACAAGCGGCCGCAGUUGACCACUGAUCUGUUGCGCCGACCGCUACUUGACCUGAUCUUGCACGACUACUACUAUUGCGACCAUCUGCGCGACUUUAUCUACAAGCCUGGACCAUCACCACGCACUAUUAUCUGUCCAACGACAACGACAUGGGCAAACUCAGAUCUCCCGCAUCCCCUCCUACACGAGCCACCGAAACACCCACCACCACCUUCCCACGCAUGGACCCUCCUCCUCCCUACGAAGCGUCCGCAUCUUCCCGCUCCACUUCCGCGCAUAGCCAUGACCGACUCCAGGCACAUCCGCGCGAGGGCUCGCCGCAAGAACAACAUCAACAACAGCCCUCUCCAGCGCAACCAGAAGCACAAUCAGAUUCGCUAGAGAUGCAAGGCCCCGCAACGCAGCAAAAAGGCCAGAAAAAGGCGGCAGAUGGAUGUCUUACAUUCGGCGAGGGUGCGUCGGGAUGUAUGACUUAUGGGGACCAUGCCGAUGGUAAGAGAUACCAUUUCCAGACCACUGACGUUGGGGAGAGAAACGGCCAGCCGUGAGAGUCGAGAUGGAGAUUGAGUUCAAAUGUAUAUGUGUGAGAACAUGCGCUGACAUGGUGAAUUCAAUAAAGGCUGUCUGAAUUACGGAGAUUAUACCGAUGGAUGGUACGUCUCCCUUGCCGGCUCCAGUUUUCCUUUCCUUAACGUUUCUGUUGAUGGCUUGGUGGAAGAGAGAAUACUGCCCGAGCCCAACGGCGGUUCUUUCCUGCCCCACGGCUGUGUUCGCCGAUACUAUGACAAAAAGCCCGUCGGCAGCAGAGAAGGCACAUUUACUAACCGCAUCCUUUAACAGUUGCAACUACAAAUCGCGAGACGGAUGUAUGCUAUGGGAAGCCACGGGCGGCGGGUGCCUUAACUUCAAGACGAGCAAGACGGGAUGUUGUCAAUUUGGCGAGAAAUGAGUCUAUGAAGUUGAUCUAAGGUAGAGGAGUUUGUCUGCCAUGUUGGUGUGAGAUAUACCAUGCCGAUGGACCGAAGGAUUUGUCGUCUUACGUUGUGAUACCAAUUUGUUGCUGCUAAUAUGUCGAAGUCCUUCUGUUGCUCGCCUUUAGUGGCAAGACUUUCAAAGUUUUCGUGAGUAGGAGGAUGCGUCUUACAGCUAGUAGAAAAGAGUUGCGCUCGCAGCAUUCAGAGGUCUGUCGAAAGCAGCCUUCUAUCGUGCCACAGUGCCUCUUCAUACAUCCGUUACUUCACCAAC